UACCAUGACAACAGCAAAUCCAAAAUGGCAGGAAAAAGACGCUUGAUUUGUCGUUCAUCGACUUUAAAGAUUAAAAAGCCCAAUAAUUACUGCGUCAAAAUCUUAUAAAACGUUAUGGAUUGGAAGAUAAUGUCCUUUGAAUUAUGAAUACCAAGGUAGAAGAACAAGAACUGCCCAAACAGCGUGAUUUAUUGGCUGGGAAGAAGUAUCGUGAUUCGAUCAAAAAGUGGGGCGAACCGAAUAAUCUGCUUCGAAAAAGAGUCAUUAUUGUGCCAAGUAUUGCUUGUGAAGCUAGAGACGUUGAUAUACGAACAAGUGAUACUCAUUCUAAAAAAGAUUCUUUGCUUUUGAAGUCUGAUUCAGCUUCUGUUUCCAACUCCAAGCGAUCGCUCACAGGAGAAACUUCAGGACCAUCUGCGGCCAGAAUCGAAAAUCAUAAAGCAUGGCUGGCAGAGAGGAAAAAAUUAAGGUCCCUUUUAGGAAAAACUGGACUAGAACAAAACUGGUUAGAAAAAAAGAGUGGGAAGACACCUCUUGAGUUGCGUGUUCUGAAGAGAAUGAAAAGAGGAAAUACCCCAGAGAUAAGAGUUAGGAGAGUGUUGCCAGAUAUUGUCAGUAAAGGAGAAGAAGAAGAAUCAUCAACAGGUGUAGACAAAGGAGUGCCCACGAUCCACCAACCAUCACCUGCUGCAUUAGCAAUCAUCCAAGACUACCUUGAAAAAAAAAGAUUGCGUUUAUUGGACUUGUUUGCACAAGCUGAUAAGGACAAAAACUGGAUUGUGUCGAGAGAGGAGUUUCGGAAGAUCAUAAGGUCUGCAGGAAUUCCUUUGAGUGAAACUGAUCUGGAGGAUUUGAUUAUGGCAUUGGAUAAAGAUGAAAAUGAUGCUUUAGAUUUCUUAGAACUCUCAACAGGAAGGCAAGCUUACCUAGACGAAAGAAUUGAAAGACAGUCAUCUCCAACUGAUACCAGAAAGCCCAAUCAAAAAGAGUCUCUUACUAAUGGUUUCAUAGAAGACAAGAGCAUCAGCCAGGGCAGUGAAGGACAAGAUUCAAGACCUACCAGUCCACAGCGAACAAGCCCAACACUGAAGGAAGUACCAGAUGGAACAGUAAGCCCAACAUUUGUACGAAGAGGGUCUUCACCCUCACUUCUGGAAAUCCCACAACCUACUUUGACAGAGAAAGUGGAAAAAGUUUCUUUAGAUGAGAUGAAAGUCAUGCGCAUAAAGAAACAGCAGAAGAAAAAGGAACGAGAGAAGGCCAAACAGAAAAAGAAACCAAUUGAAAAACAAACGGUAGCACCAUCGACGAUGGGGGGUGCCACUGGGGCAGUUAUUGACCGGUUCAGGAAACGUACGCUACAAGAAUAUCAUGACACUGUAAAAUUGUGUGACAUGCAUGGAGUACAGUUGAGCAAGCCACUAUUAGGGAGAGUUCUCCUUCAACCCGAGGACAAGCCAGUCGCACAGUGCCUCCCUAGAAUAAGACAGCCCGGUAUCUUCACCAUAUCAACACGACAUCAUGUACCAUCAUCACGGCCUCGCGAUUCAUCCAAUACACAAUUAGCUGACUGGAUAUUUUAACAGGAUUUAUUAGUCCAGAAUUACGCUGAUAUACAUUAAUCUACGAUCGAAAAAUUAUAUACAAGCUGUAAAAUAUAUUCUGUGAAAAUUAACUUGUAUAACUUUAAGAAGGAAUAAAAUUAUUGGAAUUUGGUACUGCAGUUGCAGGCCUAGGAA